CUCAUAUCGUAUGGUGUAGAUCGCUGAACGAACUUCGGUUUCAUUUGCGAAAGCCAAGGAAGGGAAACUCCCUAAAACCCUAAACCCUAAUUGCUUUUUUUCGAAAUUUGCAGUCCAAAGAUCAAACGUCUCUUCCUUCCAAACCCUACCGCUAACCCUAAUUUCUUGAUCAAUGUUUCCAGUUCGUAGAACCAAAUCCUAAAUAUCGACAAAAGCAUGCUUUUCUCAAUCCUUGCAACGCACCCUAACCCUAGUCUCCUCCUUCAGAGACCUUUAUAACCCUAAAAUGUCUUCUCUUUGUCUCAGGCGUCGAGCUCUUCUUCAAGCUCAGAGUUUUUGCACCUCUGCGAUCGGUGAAACCCUAACCUUCAGUGCAGCGAGAAGAAAGCUGCGAUGUACUAGCGAGCCCAGCGAAGUUAUCAACAUUUUCAACGCAGUUCAAAAACUCAAUGGAAUUGCGGGGGCUCGAUCUGUUCGUGACCUGGCAGUGAGGAGACUUGUAAAAGCCCAGCGUUUCUCUGAUAUUGAAACCCUACUCGAGAACCAGAAGAAGCACCCAAAUGCAAAGGUAGAGAAGUUCUUAUCUGAUGUGAUUCUUGCAUAUGGUCGGGCUAAAAUGCCAGAUCAGGCCAUUAAGACCUUUUAUCAGAUGGAUGAACUUGGCUGUCCUCGCACUGUAGGUUCAUUCAAUGCGCUUUUAACUGCCUUGAAGGACGCUGAGAAAUUUGAUAGGAUAAUUGAGCUUUUCGAUGAAAUCCCCUCUAAAUUUGGCAUAACAUCGAGUAGUGUCAGCUAUUCGAUCGUCCUCAAGUCUCUGUGUGAUUCAGGUUCACCUGAUAAGGCUUAUGAGAAGCUCAAGGAAAUGAAGGAAAAAGGAAUUAAAGUGACUAACAUUUCUUACACUACUUUAAUUGAUGGGUUUUACAAGAAGAAGAAACCAGAAGAAGCUGAGAAAAUUUGGGAUGAAAUGGUGAAGAAUGGGUGUUCUCUUGAUACCCCAGCUUAUAAUGCUAAGCUUAUUUAUAUAGCAAAUCAUGGAAAACCUGAAGAAGCUCUGAAAUUGCUUGAAGAAAUGGGGGCCUCGAAUGUUAAACCCGAUGCAUUAUCAUAUAAUUUCCUCUUGAUGUGUUACUUGAAGAAUGGUAAAAAGGAGGAAGCCAAGAAGGUCUAUGAAGAAAUGGGGAGAAAGGGUUGCUACCCUGAUCAGGUGACAUACAGGAUUUUUAUGAGAUAUUUGGUUCAAAAAAAUGAUUAUGAUUUGGGUCUUGAAGUUUGCAAGAAAUGUGUUAGGAGGAGAAAGGUCCCGAAUUUUCAAAUUGUGAGCAAUUUGAUUACGGGACUUGUGAAAAAUUUGAAGGAGGAAGAGGCGAAGCAGCUGAUCAAGAUGAUUAACGAUAUUUUUCCACCAAAUGUAUUUCCAUCAAAUGUGUUGCCUGAUUGGAGGAAACUCGAGGCCCAAUUUGGCUUGAACAAGAAGGAAGGAUCAUCAUCCGAUGAGUAAAAGUGAUAGGGGCGAAACUCCCUCGUCUGAUCAACCUAUGGUGAUUCUGGGUUCGUGAACCUGGCCAUGUGGGAACCCUUGGUGCGUGCUGACUCAAAUGAAUCCAAUUGGCUCGGCACUUUUUCAAUCACUGGCUGAAUUAGCAUUAUAUAAGUUGGACGCAUACUGUGGAUAAUUUUGAGAAACCUUUUGGAGGUCUUCCAUUUCCCAUUACAUUUUCAUUCACAAACAUGGAGACAAUUUAAGAAAAAUACAGGAGGUUUUUACAUGUUUGUGUGGAAAUCUUAUUUUCCGUUUCGCAUUAC